AUGGAAGUCACUCGCACAGCUUCAACCUCCCAAAAGCUGUCUGCUCCCCCGCCCCAUCAUCCAUCAGAACAGUCAAUACGAGCACCACCCUCAAAAAGACCCAGAUCAGACAUCAUCGCUCCUUCCUCUCCCUCCAAAUCCCGCAUUCUUCGCCCUGAGGAACGCUCCCGACUAGCCAGCCACGCAGAACAACCCCGACUCCAAGCUAACCUUCUCUCUUACGCCGAAGCUCGAGCGAGAGCUUCUUCUACCUAUGCUCUUUCCCCACCUGCACCAGCAACGUUGCGGUCCGAUGGCGAGAAUGCCGACUUUCGGUAUCCCCCAGACUGUACCGGCGGCUCUAGCGGUAGCGCACGAGGGUUACUUGAACAAAUUAAGAACAGAAUGGAUCAACGUGCACCGGCCAAGUCAAGUAACUUUUUGCAAAAGGCGAAACAGGUUCAGCAGUCACUGUUGGAGAAGCAGCAGCAUGCCGCUGAGAUGCAAAGGCUUCGAGACGAAGCAGCACGUAGGGAAAGCUUCAGGAGUGGCGGGUUUGGAGAUGAACAUGCUGCCCCCUCAAGUGCUUCUCAGAGCGCUCCAGCAGAGGCAGGGGGGUCGGCUUUCGCUCGAGCCAACAAGCGACCCUCCCCAACAUCCGACGAACACGACCCCUCCGACGAUGCCGCUUCCGACACCGACCUCGCCGAUGAUGCUGUGCAGAGAGACGAAGAUCUCACUCUAAUCGAAUCCCUCCGACCUGGUCCUCGUGCUAUUCCGACCAACCCUGACGAUCCGAAAUGGGAGAAAUUCGAACCCUUCUCCGGCCACCGACUUCACGAACGUAAACUGCCGCAUAGUCAACUCAAGGAACAUCUUCGUGGUCGAUACCACAUCCCUCCUUCGCUGCUGUAUUCCAUCGCGCGACCGAUCACAGCUCCGUUCAUGGCGGACGGAAGGAAGUUUGAUUGGAAAGCUGCUACGCGGAACGGCGAUUACGAGGUGCCAGUUGACGGGGACUGGAUCGUUAUUGCUACCAUCGUGGAGAAGAGCGAGUUACUGGUGACGAAAGGGUUCGAGAAUGAUAGUGUGCCUAGUGGAGGAAAGCAGAGACAGGCGGAGGCGGGGGAGGAGGACGAUGACCCAGUCCUAUUCAAAGAUGCUGGUGGAUCUAGUGAUAAGCUUCGAUUAGAUCUCGAACCGGGUAAUUCCGAUGCUUUUCAACUAUCUUCCAACUCGAAACCAUGGCAGAAACGUCGCAAUGGAGAGCCGGGAGAGAGGAGCGAUGACGAAUCCGAGCGUAAACGACAAGAACGCCGCCUAUCUAACCGCCCCCGCAAAUUCAUCGUUCUUAAACUAGUUGAUCUCGACAUCAACUCCCUCUCCACCGACGGUCAGGGCAGUGCAGGUAGAGGAGACAACUAUCUCUCCCUCGUCGCCUACGAAUCGGAUCAGAUCGACACUUCCGUUCUUAUCCAACAUAAAACUUCCAUCCGAAGUGAAGUUUCCGCCGUCCUCUCCUCCUCUACUAAGAAAUGGGUCAAUGGUUCAAAAGGAGCAUUCGAACUGUUGUAUCAACAAUCAGAAGGAACUUUGGUUGCGAUUAUGAACCCGAAAGUUCUCCGACCUUUCACUUCGGGGGGUGGUAGGGAGAGUAAGAUGCUACGCAUUACCCCCCGAUCAGUGGAAGACUGUCUGGUGAUUGGACAAGCAGCAGAUUACAAGCGGUGUACAGCGAUUAAAGCGAAUGGGGAGAGGUGCAAGAGUUUUGUGGAUGUCAAGGCGAGAAAGCAAACCCGCACGACGACUUGUGAUUUUCAUCUGAGUAAACAUAUGGAUGAUCUUGGGAGGGGCAGGCCGGAGUUUGCAACUAAUAGCACUACUCGUCUUAACGCUCCCUCCAAAGCUGGUGCUGGUGGAGGUGGAGGGGGUGGUAGGUCUGGGUUUGGCUCUUCCACCCGCCACCGUAGGGGGGCAGAAGGCGAAGAAGGAUCGGCAAUAAACAACAUCACCACCAUUUACAAAAGCUCAGGAAGUAACGCCUUCUCCCGUGCAGCAUUGGCCAAGAAACUCAACUCUUCUCAUGGCAACGUUGGUGAUGGGAUGGAGAAUAACUCUGGUGGUGUGUUCGUUUCUCAAUCUCCCCUCAUUGCCGAUCCGAACUUGCCGGAGGAGGUGAGAGCUUCGGAUCCGUCGAGUUGGAAGUACGAUGUCAGCGGGAGAUACGGAAGAGGGAUCACUGAGAAACAGUCCCGGUUAAAGAGACAGAUUGAGGAAGAACAGUUGAUGAGGCAGAUAGAAAAACGGUUUGUUCCCGCGGAGGAGAAGAAACAGAAACAAAAGGAGGAGGAGGGGGAGAGGAAGAAGCAUUCCGGCUCAAAGGAGGGAGGAAAGGAUGGGAAGGAGGAGGGAGAAGUAGUGCUUCCGGUCCUACCGAAUGGAGUAGCGGAGAUGAUCAAUGCUGCGUACUCGACUUUGAAUCAACGGAAGAGAAUGGCGCAGGAAAAGAGAGAUAACGAUUUAGCUAAGCGGCGCAAAUACACCGGGGUUGUUGUACCUUCAACCACCACAACCAGCGAUACGACGGGGGGCAAGCUGAAGUUCAAAACUCCAGUCAACUCCAGCAGUUCCACUACUGGGUCUCGCGGGCUAAGUAUUGUGGGAUGGCUGCCGGUUGCUGGGUUGACAAGGCACAAUUCUACGUCCUCUGCUGGAUCGCAAAAGGAGCAAGGUCCUGAUUCAAGGAGCAAAUUGCUCUCCCUAGCCACCUCAGGUACAGCAAAAAAGGAGCCCAACUUGAAGAUCAAGAGAGCCCACAGACCCAAAAUGAGGUUACCAGCGGAAGAGGUCGGCAGGAUACCACAAUUCAGUGUUGUCGGCGGGGAGUUGGUAGAUUUGGCUGAUUUUGACGAUGAUGAAUGGGAUGACGAUUUGGAUGAUGUUCGAGGGCGAGAUGCUGAGGAAGAGGGGAAAGGGUUGGGUGAAAAAUUGUUGGAACUCUCUUCUCAAUCACAGACACGCGAAAGGAUCGAUCAUCAAACUGCUGCUGGUGACGAUAGCGAUUCGGAUCUUGAGAUCAUCUGA